AUGAAUCCUACAAGAGCAGACUGCGCGUUGGCGAGCAUGCUGGCGUUGUGGCUUCUCGCAGCUGCCGUGGCCACGAGCCACGGGCGAGGUCCAAAUGAGAGCGACGGCUCCAGGUGGAGGACUGGAGAUUUGAACAGGGGUCACGUGUCACACCCUUCAAUGGGAGACAGAGAGGGUGAGGUUAUCCAGGUCACCACCGCCUUGCCUAUUAACAGCCCAGACCACCGGCCCGUCCUUAGAGCCUUGAUGCUUCAUGAGCACCUUCUCUUGAGGGACUUUGAGGGAGACCAGCACUUUUUCAGGAGCGACGGCUCUGCGGCGGCGUAUCCUACCAGACCGGGCCCCGUGUCAGCCUCAGAUGCGGCGCACCCUGCCACUCGAGUUGUUCCCCACGAGGAUGCUCCUGCCUUCUCCGACAUCGCAUCGACCGCAACUGCAGCUGGCACCUCGCCACUUACCACGUUCACUCCAACACCGAGACCUCUGAUGCCUCUCCUCCAGAAGUCCUCUGAGGAAAUAAAGCAAGGAGGAGGCGAGCUUGAGCCGACCACACAGUCCCUGACAACACAAGCGACACCGAAUCCAGACAACACAGCCGCCGCUUCCUUAUCAAUGCAACAAGAUCACCGUCACACUCGGAGGGCAUUUUCUGACCAGGCGGACCUCGCGCCCUCUUCUGCGUUGCUGGGGAAAGGGGAGCCGAAGGUAACGCCACUGAAUGACAGAAGCAGUCUCAAGAAGCUUCUCCCAAGCCUAACUUCAUCGUCCCCAGCGGAGGGUUCUGCCACGUCAACCUCCGUGAUCACGACGACAACCAUCACCACGGUGCAAACAUCUGAACCGUGCGGCCUAAAUUUCACUGACCCCGAGGGCAACGUUGAAAUCCUGCAGCGGCCUGACACUGCAAUGGAGUGCAACUACUUGAUUACCGUCUACUUGGGGUACGGCAUCGAGGUUCAGGUUCUGAAUGCAAGCGUGUCGGAGGGGGAGCAAGUGACUGUGGAGGACACGGGUGGCCGAGAAGCCUUCCUUCUUGCCAAUGAGUCUGUCUUAAUUCGAGGGCUUGUGCUGCUCAGUCGGAGCAACCAGAUCUCCAUCCGUUUCCGUAGCGACCGACAGCAUAACUCGGGAGUCCUUCAGCUCCAUUACCAAGCCUUUGUACUGAGCUGUUCAUCGCCCAAGGAGCCUGCCGGCGGAGAAGUUUCCGUGACGCACCUUUAUGCUGGUGGGGAAGCGUACUUUAACUGCUUCACUGGCUACCGCUUGAAAGGUCUCAAGAUGCUCACCUGCCGCAACGCCACCACGCCUUACUGGGGAGGGAAGGAGCCACAAUGCAUUGCGUCGUGUGGCGGAAUGAUCAAAAACGCCACCCACGGUCGCAUCGUUUCUCCUGGAUUUCCUGGCAACUACAGCAACAACCUGACAUGCCACUGGGUGCUGGAGGCCCCCGAGGACCAACGGCUGCACAUUCACUUUGAGAAGGUCGCUCUGGCAGAGGAUGAUGACAGAUUGCUGAUUAGGAACGGCAACAAUAUUGAUUCCCCUCCAGUGUACGACUCCUACGAAGUAGAGUAUUUGCCCAUCGAGGGAGUUCUGAGCACAGGACGUUAUCUGUUCGUAGAGUUUUCCACAGACGGGACUCUGACCUCCACUGGUGCAGCCAUCAGAUACGAAGCUUUUGCAAAAGGAAUGUGCUAUGAGCCCUUUGUGAAGUACGGCAAUUUCAGCAGCAGUGACUCCACCUAUAACGUGGGUGCUGUGGUGGAGUUCUCGUGCGACCCGGGUUACACGCUGGAGCAAGGCUCUGUGGUCAUCGAGUGCGUAGAUGCCGAUAACGCUCAGUGGAACGAGACCGAGCCAGCCUGUCGGGCCGUUUGCAGCGGCGAGAUCACCGACUCUGCCGGUGUGGUGCUGUCUCCUAACUGGCCCGAGGCCUACGACAAGGGGCAGGACUGCAUCUGGGGUAUCCAUGUGGAAGAGGACAAGAGGAUCAUGCUCGAUAUUCAAGUACUCAAUUUGGGGAAAAAUGACCUGUUGACCUUCUACGAUGGCGACGACCUGUCGGCCAACAUUCUUGGCCAGUACAGCGGCAAACGUCCUCACUUCAAGCUCUACACGUCCAUGGCUGACGUCACCGUACAGUUCCAGUCCGACCCCGCCACCAACAUCUACGGCUACAACAACGGCUUUGUGGUCCAUUUUUUUGAGGUCCCGAGGAACGACACCUGCUCCGAGCUGCCCGAGAUCGCCAACGGCUGGAAGAGCACGUCCCACCCUGACCUCAUCCACGGCACGGUAGUCACGUACCAGUGCUACCCUGGAUUUGAGAUGGCCGGUUCCGAGAUCCUCAUGUGCCAGUGGGAUCUCAGUUGGAGCGGCGAUCUGCCCAAAUGUCAGGAAGUGAUGACAUGUCAGGACCCCGGAAACGUGGCGCACAGCCGGCGGGCGAACAGCGGCGCCCGCUUUGCCGUUGGCUCCUCGGUGCAGUUUUUCUGCAAUAAGGGUUACGUCCUGUCGGGCAGCAGCCUCCUCACCUGCUACAACCGGGACUCGGCCAAACCCAAGUGGAGUGAUCGGCUGCCCAAGUGUCUUCCUGAAAAGUACGAGCCAUGCAGGAACCCCGGCGCGCCCUCCACCAGUGCGCAAAGUUCCGAGAAGGCGUUUUACCAAGCAGGCGAGACGCUGACAUUCUCCUGCCACGCCGGCUACGAGCUGCAGGGCCAGGCCGCCAUCUACUGCAUGCCCGGACAUCCGUCGCAGUGGAACGGCACGCCGCCUGCUUGUCGAGCUUCCUCGAGUCAAUAUGUGAAUGAACACAGGCUGGGCGCUGUCAAUCCAGAUUAUGGCAUCGAGGGAACCAAUAUUACUCUGGCUGUCUUCAUCCCAACUGCAAUUAUAUUGGUGGCUGUUCUUGGGAUUUAUGUUUGUGCAGCAAAACUCCAAGGGAAGUCUAUCAGCGUGCCAGCGUCAUCGCCGCCGUACGACAACAUGGCAGAGGAGUCCGCUUUCGACAACCCAAUCUAUGACAGAGGCGUAAGUACAGAUGUGAUGACUAUGCGAGCCGUGGACUCUCAAAACACCAGCGUGCUGUCCUGAAUCGUCUCCUGUCUGGCCGGCCAUC